CGCUCCUCCUGCCCUCGCUUACUCAUCCGCUGCACUUAGGUGCUUUCACUCUCGAUAAGGGAGAGUGUCUGAAAUAUUGCCGAUGGUUGAAGGGCUCAUUUCCUGUCUCUUGUGAUGACUACUUGACGACGAUAUUAUUCGUGUGCAUCAAAGAUGGCCGUAAAGUGGCAAUUUUUACCUCGACCAAACAAAGGAAGGAAGUGUGUUGAUUGUAAUAAGUACUCGCAUAAUUUUAGAAAUUAUACCUCCUUUAAAAUUUUUGCUUGAACAAUCAAGAGCUUAUAUUUGGGUACUUAUAUUUUUUCCACCGGCGGAAUCAAUUUCCUCGUUCAAGUAGUUCUUGAGAGCGAACUUCGCAGGGUUGAGUUUUGAAUGAAAAAAGACGUCAAAGCUCUUGCGAGUAGGUUGGUAUAUUUGAUCGUAAGCAUGAUAAGGUGGAAGAUCUACUGUUACCAUCUCCUCGACCUAAAAGCUAAACAUAUUAGAUUAAAGGGGACUUUCGAUUAUAGCUUUGAGUUGCCCACAAGGAGAGUGUUUAUCGAUUUAUGCAUUGCACAUUGAGAAGUGCUGCUACCAAAAACAUAUUAUACUUCUUAACGCAAACGUUAAUCGGAUGUUUUCGCAAACUUUCUAUCAACGAAAAGCAAAUGGCUCACAUCAACAGUCGAUUGCCUCCCAAGUGCAAGCAAAGGGCCUCCCACCCCUCCCCCUCUAAUAUCAUUUACAGGCUCCAUAUUUUGUUAUUUGUUUGUAUUUCUACAUAGAUUAGUACCGUUCCUAAUUGUUUUCACACCUACAUCGAUUGAGUGACAAAAUGUAAUCUCGUGCAAAGCCAAUAAGUAGAUAAUGUUGUUUGUUGUUUUUUUUGAUCGCCCUUUUGCCUUGUGUAAAAGAUUGGUUCCUCUCUCAAGUUUCCUUUGCAUUUUUCGAGAAACCACCAUCUUUUUUAAAUGUCGCCGGUAAAUGUGGUAUUUGUAUAAGUUUUUCUUUUCGGGUGAAAAUAUAUUUUUCGUGGUGACUGCUGGCCAAGAGGUGCGAAUGUGACAUCUUAGCAUAUGCAGAUAUCGCGCUCAUUCUGUGCGAGGUUCUUGUUUUAUCAACGCGCAGCUUGAAAGCUACCGUGCCGAAAUUAAUUAUCGCAACAUUUCUCAUGGGUAAGAUUUUAAAUGCAAAAAUAUCUCGGUUAGCGGGGAGUGAUAAAAUGAGCUGGUAUUUAUUUGGCUAUUACUUGGCUAGCGAAUAAAACAAGAUGUGAAGAAGCGAUUACGAAUUUUAAUGACCAAAUUGUGGCUUAACUCAAUGAUAAUCUUAUUAUGGUGGCCACAUCACCAACGAGUAUUAUACCGCGAUUUUCUUAUUUCCCUCGCAAUUAUAUAGUCCACGCUAAAACACACUUAACCCAAAUCGACAAAACUCAAGAUUAGAAAGACGUAAAAUGACAUGGAUCGCUCUCCAACCGAGAAAUCAACUUGUCUUUUUCAAGUUGUCAAUUAAACUCCCCCGCGUGAAACGAAAAUCCCACAGCUGAAUAUAGUGAGAAUAAUAUAAGGUACAAAUUGAGUUAACGUCUGUACGCGAAAAAAUAAAAACUAAUGUGUUAACUUUGUGAGGGGUUCAGCCAAUCCUAGCAAAGUGCUGUAUUGCCUACAACACAUGUGAAAUUCCUCAGAGCUUCUGCUAUCACUAAGGCAAGUUGAAUGCAAUUAUGGCGACAGCGCAAUCGUCUUUUGAAGCCAUCUUGGCAAUUCUCGCUUUCUGCCCGUUAUCUUUCGAUCCUUACUGCCUUGAGAUGAAUUAUCACCGCUACUUCCUGACACAGUUAAUAGCUUGUACAUGUCGCAGUACAAAAAAAGUCUGAUACAUGGGGCUUUUGAUUUGUGGUCGUGGCUUGAGACGCAAUGGCUAGAUCACCUGUUUUGUCUAAUGUUAUUAUCUGUGCAGUGUAAACACUACUUUCAACAGCAGUUCCGAGUUUUCAAUUGUAUAAACCUAACUCCUGUUGGGUGGCGAUCACCACUCUGGCUUUCUCGUUACAUAAUCUAUCAAUCUACGAUCUUAACAGUUUAUUUAUUCGCGUGUAUAUCUUGUAGUUAGGGUUUGAAUUAAAACUAACGGAACGUCUACCUUUCAGUACGACAGAAAUGUCAAAAUAAAAACACCCAUUUAAAGUUGAUUGUAUAUGGGUUUGCUUGAGUUGGAACAGCGCAAAUAACACCACCACAUAUAAAUUACCUUUUCUUUUUCAUAUGUAAUUAAGUUAACUUUUUCUUCUCGCAGGUUUAGAAACUCUUUAUUCAGUACCUAUAGUUCAGGCUGGAAAUGACGUACGCGCUGGGGUUAUCAGCGUUUAGACUGAGUUACAUUUCUGCGGAGAAAAUUACACCAAAACAAAGCUAUGCCCCUAAAUUACUCCGUCGAUCAAGAACUAAAGUCACGUGUGCAUCCGCCAUCGAAUCAGCGCUCUGUAUUUUUCCUAUUUAAGUUGGAUUUCUCACCCAGCAUUGAUAUCUUAAGAGCUAGCUAAUUUCUGUUAAGACGCAACACUGAGCGAUACAAAGAGAGCGCGAGCCGACAGCCAACAUGAACAACACCACCGACGGCUUUCUCCCCAGCUACCCUAGCUCCGAGAACAUCGCAACAUCCUUAUUCUACAUCGCUGUUUUCAUCUUCGGGUCUACAGGAAAUCUAUUGGUGUUAUUGGUCGUCAAGAGAAGACGCGCUCGCACUUUUAAUGACAUUUUUAUAUUCAACCUAGCGGUGAGCGACUUGUGUUUGAUCCUGGUGUGCAUACCAGCGUUUACCUAUAAGAAGCUGAGCGGGUUUCGUGGUUCGCAGUUCUACUGCAAAGCUAUAUGGCCAAUGAUGACAAUUUCUCUCUGUUCCAGUGUGUUCACUAUAACUUUGAUGGCCGUAUAUAGAUGUAAAGUGAUUCUACAUCCCUUCGAGCCUAUUAUCGAAAAGCGAAGUAUUUUACCGCCAAUUACAGCCGUCUGGUUACUCGCGAUUGUUUUCGCCUUACCACUCUUCAUUCUUGCGAAAUUCGAGGACGGAAUGGCCGGUUGUAUUGAGGACUGGCCGUCUGAUCUGCACCGUAAAGUCUACACCACGAUACUAAUGAUUGUACAAUACUUCUUACCUCUGUUUAUCAUCGCUGUUGCUUACGUGCUUAUAGCUAUCGAUCUGACCCGAUCACGAAAAAGAAAAAGCUCCUAUAAUUCGCCGAAAGUGAUGGGCCGCGCGCGAAGGGAAGAGAACUUGCGAGUGAUUAAAAUUCUCGCGACAAUUGUCAUCACUUUUGCGUUAUUUCUGCUUCCUGGACACAUAGCAUGGAUGAUUCUAGACUUCGGCAGGGAACAAGACAAGAAGGUGGCAGAAGCGAUUUUUAAAUUCUCUGACGCGUUAGUAAUUUUCCACAGCGCGUUGAACCCUGUCAUUUACGGCACUCUCACGAAACAGUUUCGCCAGGGUUACAAGAAGUACCUUUCAUAUGUUUUCUGUUGCAAGUUUGUCAAAGAUGGACGGAUGGAAUCGGAUUAUUUCGACGAAUCAAGAUCACGAAAUGGAUUCAAGGCAAAAAAAGAACUCUCUUUGCAGAAAAAAGAGGAGCAAAAUAUUCUUGCUGCUCCUGGUGGAGAAAUGUAAAAAGAAAGCUACUUAAAUAUCUUAGUAAUUUGUACGUAAUUUCGUAACGGUUUUAGUGUUUUUGUAUUCGCCGAAAAUCCUUUUUUUAUUCCGCCUCAUAAGUAGAGUCGGUGAAAAUAUAAUUAAUAUAAUUAUUAUAUAACGCAUGGCAGGGUAAUUGCAUUUUGAGUGCGUUAUAAAGCAGACCGCUGCCAACAUAAUUCACGAUCAAACAAGAACGUGCGAAGAAAAAAGUCGUAGAUAAUGUGACGGGUAUUGGAUGCGAAUAGCGUGCUAUUUAUCAAGGAUAUUGCGCGUCCUAUAUGCUAAUAGACAACAUAAUACGCACCGUAUAAGCAACUCAUGAAAAUCCAUUGAAUUAAGAUGAUUAGUGAAGUGCAACAAAUUGGGAGUUCAAAAGUGCAUUAACAAGGGAAUAUCACGAAAGACAGUAAGAUUCAGAAAUUAUUAACGCAUUUAGUUCAAUAAAAGGUUAACACAUUAA